GAAAGCUUAGGAAAAAGGAUUUAUUGUUUUAGAAGAAAAGGAGGCUGACAUGUUGAAUUUCUUGUGAUUCAUUUCUCUAUGUUGUGUCAUGAUAACGACACUUCUGUAGGGGUCGGGGAGAUUCUGACAGAUCCAUCAGUCAUAAAGAGUGGUGAGAAGGGAUCCUACGAUAUGAUAUUCGGGCCUGCUAACCUGGGGGAUGAUGCCAUAAGAAACUUCCGAGCAAAACACCACUGCAACUCCUGCUGCCGCAAACUUAAACUCCCUGAUCUUAAGCGGAAUGACUACACUCCAGACAAGGUGACGUUUCCUCAAGACGACCCUCCCAAUCCAGGCGGCGGAGUCAAAGAGUCCCGCCAAUCAAUGAGGCUGAUGCCGUGAACGCUGUAAAGGCGGAGAGACAGUGAAUGAUCACGAGGCGAUCCUCAUCUGACCCUAUAUAGUCGAGGCCAAGGAGCUGAGAGGCGUACCCAAUCAACUGGAAGAAUCAUACCUGUUUCCAUGGAAACCAGUGCAUGCAGAGUGACUGUGUCAUGUUUUUGUCGGUCCCGCCAAAUGCUGUCGAACUCAAUUCAACCAUCUUAACCUUUUUGUGUUUUUAUUUCAUCAAUAAGGAAAAAAAGUUUUAAACCUAUUUUGUAUAAGUUUAUGAAUUUAUAUAUGUACAGUGUAUAUAUAUAUAUAUGUAUAUAUAUAUAUAUAUAUAUGAACUGGAUAUAUUGACAGGUACCAUAUCAUUGCAGAGGGUUUCUUAUUUAUUGUGACGCUUGAGAAGUUGCCUUGUUUUAACAAAAAAAUGUAUAAAAAAAGAACAAAUCUAAGUGCAUUGUACAUCUGUUACAGAAGCUGCAGAGAGGUUUAGUCACUGCAACGCUGCAGUUUGCCACCACAUCAUUUUUUUUUUAUAAAUGUAUGAAGACUCGUAUCACAACUUUUUGUCUCGUAGUUAAAGAAUCACGAUUUUGAAAAUCUUGUAAAAUAUGGGCAGAUUGCAAUGCAACUUUUACAGAACAAUGUACGUCAUUUUAUUGUAUUUCAAAGUGUGUCCACCAAAAUAUUGCUGAUAGUUUUUAUUGUUACAAAGGUACUAUUGCUAUAUCUUUGUCAUCAACUAUUGUUUGAGCAAAUAACAAUCUUGUGUAUCUUAUAGAUACUGUUAUCUGGCAUGAGCUUAACAGAGUACAAAUAUUUUAUUCAGGGGAAAUGACAAACGUGAGGGUAUUACUGUAUACAUUUUGUACUGGAUAUCAUUUUAAACAAAUAAAAAUGUUAAAAGCU